AUGGGUUGCAUGAGCUCAAAAGUCGACCCCGAGGAUAAGGAGGCCGCCAAGAUCAAUGCCAGCAUUGAACGGCAAAUCCGCUCCGAUAAAAAGGUGCUUGACCGGACGGUCAAGAUUCUUCUGCUCGGUGCUGGAGAAUCGGGGAAGUCGACGAUCAUCAAGCAAAUGCGCAUCAUCCACUCGGGUGGAUUUCCGGAGGAUGAGCGUCGCCAGACUCGAGCGGUUAUCUAUUCCAAUCUUGUUGUCGCCUUCAAGGUUUUGCUGGAAAUCAUGGAAUCACAAGAAAUAGCGUUUGAGUUCGAAAAGAGCAAGCCCUUAGCGGAGUUGAUCUCGAAUACAGAGCCUGACGUUGAUACCGAAGAAGCGUUUUCCGAUUUAAGAAUCCGAGACGCUAUGAAGGAGCUAUGGGAAGAUAAAGGAGUGCAGCAAGCUGUGGCGCGAGGUCACGAGUUUGCUCUCCAUGAUAAUUUGCAAUAUUUCUUCGGCUCUCUUGACCGCUUAUUCACCCCUGGCUGGCUGCCCGACAAUCAAGACAUGCUACAUGCUCGUCUUCGAACGACAGGUAUCACGGAGACUCUUUUCGAAUUGGGCCAGCUCAAUUUCCGAAUGAUGGACGUCGGUGGUCAACGGUCCGAGCGCAAGAAAUGGAUUCAUUGUUUUGAAGGUGUUCAGUGCCUUCUUUUCAUGGUGGCGUUGUCUGGAUACGAUCAGAGCUUGCUAGAGGACCAGAAUGCGAACCAAAUGCACGAAGCCAUGAUGCUCUUCGAGUCGUUGGCAAACGGCGAAUGGUUCAAGAAGAAGCCAAUCAUCCUGUUCCUCAAUAAGAUGGACCUUUUUAAGGGGAAACUGGCUUUGUCGCCGAUCUCCAAGCACUUCCCGGACUACACUGGUCCCAGUACGGAUUGGGAAGCGGCCGCCAAAUAUUUCGCCGAUCGCUUCCGUGGCAUCAACCGGAUGCCCGACCGUGAAAUCUACAUUCAUUACACGAAUGCUACGGACACGACUUUGCUGAAAGCAACCAUGGACUCAGUCCAAGAUAUGAUUAUCCAGAAGAACCUCCAUACGCUCAUCUUAUGA